AUGGGGGGGCUGUCUGGUUACGUGGCCCAUACCUAUGUGUGCUUAUGGUUGUACGCAUUGGGCUCAUUAACUAUUAAACGUAGCUUGGUAAGAGUGGAUCUGCGGGGACCCGGCAGAACAUUCAGAGGAAGCAAACUUCACACAUCACCUGUCAGCAAAGACAAAAUGGCACAUCACAACCAUCCCCUGGUUGGAGAGCUGUACCGUAAGUGUGACCCGGUUCCAAAGGACACCCCUCAAAUCAGAGGCUAUGACUUCAACCUGGGAGUGGACCACAAAGCACUGCUCCAGUCCUCCUACACCACAGGCUUCCAGGCCACACACUUUGGCCUUGCGGUUGCUGAGAUAAACAACAUGAUUGAGAAGCGUCAGGAGCCUGUGAAGAGAAAGAAUGGAACGGUGAAAGAAGACCCCACAACUUGCCCCUGUCUGAGGAGCUGCACCAUCUUUCUGAGCUACACCUCCAACAUGAUCAGCAGCGGCAUCAGAGAGACCAUCCGCUACCUCGUGCAGCACCAAAUGGUGGAUGUUCUUGUGACCACAGCCGGGGGAAUAGAAGAGGAUCUAAUCAAAUGUCUGGGUCCAGUUUACCUUGGCGAUUUCACAAUGUCUGGAAAAGAUCUCUAUGAAAAAGGGUUGAACAGGACAGGCAACACUUUGAUGCCGAAUGAAAACUAUGAAUUAUUUGACCAGUGGCUCACGCCAAUUUUGGAGAAGAUGCUCACAGAACAAAAGACACAGGGCAUUAAUUGGACACCUUCCAAGAUGAUAAAUCGCUUUGGUAAAGAAAUCAACAAUCCUGACUCCAUCUAUUACUGGGCCUACAAGAAUAACAUCCCUGUGUUCAGCCCUGCGCUCACAGAUGGGGGCCUUGGAGAUGCGUUUUAUCUGUUUUCAAAAAAGAAGCCAGGUCUGGUUUUAGACAUAAUCGAAGACAUGACAAGACUCCUGGAUAUGGCAAUAGCCUGCAACAACUCAGGGUUAAUAGCACUUGGAGGUGGAGUAGCAAAACAUCAUGUCUUAAAUGCAAAUUCUUGGAGAGAUGGAUUAGACUAUGCGGUCUAUGUGAACACAGCACAAGAGUUUGAUGGUUGUGAUUCAGGAGCACAGCCAGAGGAGGCUGUGUCCUGGGGAAAAAUCCGCACAAGUGCAAAACCUGUCAAGAUUUGUGGAGAUGCCACUUUAAUCUUCCCUUUGUUAGUAGCAGAGACAUUUGCAAACCAGACGACCUCUACUUGA